AUGACUGAUAUUGAAGAGAUUAUUGAUCUGUAUGCAGAAAUACCUAGUUUUCAUAAAGAUUAUAUCUAUCUACUUAAUCAAUUACUACAAUCAUUAAUAAAUAAUGCAUGGAAACGUCUUAUAACUAGAAAAAGAAUCAAGUUAACAAAUAUAGAAGCUAGUUAUAUAAAUUCUGAAAUUGAAUCAUUUUUAAAACAUGAAAUUGAAAGAUAUAAUAGACAAAAGCUACAAAGUUCUAAAAAUAUAUAUAUUCAUAGUAUGGAUAUUGGAGUACAAACAGAAAAUAUUGAUAAAGCAAUUCAAACUGAGAAUAUUGAUUUCUUAAAACAAAUAAAAAAAGCUAAUAAAUUAUUAAAUAACUUAUAA